GCUAAAGGAGGAGUAAAAGAGAAAACAACGCCGAGGCAGUUGCUGUCGAAAACAGCAGAAGGACCAAAAAGUGUAGUUGUAAAUGUGUGAGAAUGUGUGACGUGCAGGAGCUCACGUGUCUGGUACAGCAGCAAGAGGCUGCGGCGGCUCGAGACAUAUUGGAACUGUUUGAAAGGACGUUAGCGGCGCACGAGGAGCAGCUGCGGCAGUUAAGAGAGGAGAACGAGCGGCAGAGAAAGCAGCUGGACGCUCUUUUACAGCCUCAAGUUCGACUAGAAAGAGCAGUGUUGCCUCAGCAGCUGCUGGUGAUUAAAGAAGAGGUUCCCCCUGAGCAGCAGGAGUGCAGCCCCAGUGUGAAGCAGGAGGAGCCAGAGCCCCCCCACAUUAAAGAGGAAAAGGAGGAGCUCAAUAUCACCAAGGAUAUCCCAUUCACUCCUGCCCCUGUGAAGAGUGAAGAUGAUGAAGAGAGAGCUCAGUCCUCACAGCUUCAUCAAAGCCAAACUGAGGAGAACACAGAGGCAGAGCCUCCGGCCAGCAGCUCCACUGAAACAGAAGCUGAUGAAGAGGAUUUCCAAGCAAGUAGUGAUGGCCAGCUGCUCUCUUCACACUCCUCUGAAUCUGAGACUGAAGACAGUGAAGAUGACUUGGAGGAGACUGGAGAGCCUCAGUCAGGUUUAGCCUCAGUGAGUGAAGUCCUUUUCAGCCAUGACAGAUCUGAGGCUGGAGAGAAGCCAUCUUCCUGCUCUGUGAACAAAACCACAGGAGAGAAACAGUGGAGCUGCGUUGUUUGUGGUACAAACUUUAAAAAAAGAUGGCUCUUAAAAAGACACAUGUUGACGCACAAGAGAGAGACAAAAUUCAGCUGCCCAUUCUGUGCCAAGAGAUUUCCAGGGAAAAGUGAAUUAAACACUCAUGUGGUAGUUCAUGCAAGAGAGAAACAAUUUCGCUGUUCAGUCUGUCCUAAGAGAUUUACACAUAAAAUUUGCUUAAACAGACAUAUGAGAGUCCACACAGGAGAGAAACCUUUCAGCUGCUCAGUCUGUGCUAAGAGAUUUACAGGGAAAAGUGAUUUAAACACUCAUAUGGUAGUCCACACAGGAGAGAAACCUUUUACAUGCUCAAUUUGUGGUAAACAUUUUACACAGAAAUCUGGCUUAAAUACACACAUGAGAAUCCACACAGGAGAGAAACCAUAUCGCUGCUCAGUCUGUGCAAAGAAAUUUACAUGGAAAAGUCAAUUAAGCACUCAUAUGGAAGUCCACACAGGAGAGAAACAAUUUCCCUGUUCAGUCUGUGGUAACAGAUAUACACAAAAAAUUAACUUAGACAGACACAUGAGAGUCCACACAGGAGAGAAACCUUUCAGCUGCUCCGUUUGUGGUAAACAGUUUAGAACAAAAACUGGAUUAAAUACACACAACAGUGUCCACACAGGAGAGAAACCUUUCAGCUGCUCAAUUUGUGGUAAAUGUUUUACACAGAAAUCUGGCUUAAAUGCACACAAGAGUAUCCACACAGGAGAGAAACCCUAUCGCUGCUCAAUUUGUGGUAUAAGUUUUAGACAGAAAGGUAGCUUAAAUAAACACAUGAGACUCCACACAGGAGAGAAAACUGUUAGAUGCUUAAUUUGUGGUAUACGAUUUAGACAGAAGGGUAAUUUAAAUACACACGAUUGUCCACUCAGGAGAGAAAACAUAGUUUCUUAAUUUGUGGUAAACAUGUUUCAGAUAAAGGUCACACAAACGCACAUGAUUGUUCACUCAGGAGAGAAACCUUUUAGCUGUUCAGUCUGUUAUCAAACUUUUACAUGUAUAAGUCACACAAACAGACACAUGACAAUCCACUCAGGAGAGAAACUGGGCAGCAGCAGUGUGUGUGGGAGAAGUUUGUGCAGGCAUGACCGUGUUAACCCUAUAAAGCCUGAACUAUGAAAGA